AUGGACGCCUUUGACUUUCUCGAGACGCUGCCGACGGCUACGCUAGAGCGUCUAUUCGAAGACCCAUGGGCAUGUCAAGCUAUUUUCCAAGCGCUCCCUCCGCUUGCCCAACAGUUUGUCAUGCGUCUUCUUCCUACGAACGCCGUUGUGCCGCGUAAAUUACUGGAACAAUGGGUUGUUCACGAUCCUGGAGAUGUGAAGCGCCUGCCGUUGCAAUUCCAAGUAGCGCUGCGUAAAUUAGAAGGACUUCGUGUAUUCAUCCAGCAAGAAGGAGGUGGGUAUCGACCAAAUCCGACGUUCCAGAAGCAGCUCAUGUAUGCCCUGAGUAAUCUGGGUGGAUCGCCGUGGGAAAGCGGUCGACAAUAUCUUCCGAAAGAUCCGGAUAACACGUUUGCACCAGCAGAUUUGGAACGAUACGCCAGAGCGAGAUGGGACUCAGUGCUGCAUUACAUGGUGGGCUCGACCGCGGUGCAAGAGCCACCGCAGUCGGUAGUGGAUAUCUUGCUGCGUACCCGACUUUUGCAAGCUAGUGGCGCCGACUCGAGAGCACUCCACAUUACCGACACGGGCUAUGAGUUUAUGCUCAAGGAUAUUCACGUCCAAAUGUGGAUCUUUAUGCUCGAGUACAUCCGGACGCUGGAUAAUACAGGGACACUCAAGCAAGAGGAUAUUCUCCAGUUCCUCUUCCAGAUCAGCUAUUGCCAGACGGGAGGCUUCUACGCCGUCGCGGAUCUGACCGAGACACAGCGGCUGCUUCUGGGCGAUUUCAUUGACUUUGGACUGUUGUUUCGCAAGCGCUCGAACUCGGAUCGAUUUUACACGACAAGUCUGGCAGUGAAUCUGAUCUUUGGUGGCUCAACGGGUCAAAAACGAAGCCAUGUGAGCCUCACAAGCUCAUUUGCUGGUGUGCGUGCCGGAGUAAAGUCGCAGAUUGCAGAUCCCCUCCAAGCACCAGCUGUAGAUCAAGGCGCUCAGUUGCUCAUCGUGGUCGAGACGAAUUUCAAGAUUUACGCUUACACUUCGUCAACUCUUCACGUUGCCAUGCUCAGUGUCUUUGCUGACAUUGUGGCGAGAUUACCGAACCUGGCGAUCGGGUUCGUCACGCGCGAGAGUCUGCGCUCAGCUCUCGUCCACGGCAUCUCGGCGCAACAGAUUUACGACUUUCUGAUGAAGCAUGCGCAUCCCAAAAUGCAUCACAACACGCCGGUGAUUCCUGAGAACAUUGCAGACCAAAUUUACUUGUGGGAGCGGGAGCGCAAUCGCGUGCAGUUCUUGGAAGGAAUCCUCUUUGAUGGGUUCAAUACCAAAGAAGACUACGAGAACGUGCGUGCGUACGCGCUGCGCCUCAAGGUGCUCACGUGGUCGGAUCCGAUCCACUUUCGAAUGUCCAUCGCGAGCGCAGGAAUCGACAAAGUGCGUCACUACAUCCAGAAUGAGCUCUCGUCCCGAGCGUGA